AGCCUCUCCUAUUCGUCUGUUAUGUCGGCCAUGGCUGCCCCCGCUCCCGUUCCCGCUGCUCCGAAUGGCGUGCAGAUGUCCGAUAACAUGGCGCAACCACAGCAGCAGCAGCAGCAGCAGCAGCAACCACAGAAGGAAAGGCCGGCUGAGAUCUAUCAGAGUAUCCCCAUCCCCGCCGAGAGGGUAGGAUGGAUCAUUGGAAAGCAGGGAGCAUACAUCCAAAACCUGGAAAAGCGAUCAGGGUGCUCGAUAUCGGUGAGCGACAACCCUUGCAAGGAGUUUGGCAGGGAGUGGAACUACGUUCAGCUCCAGGGCUCCACUCGUAGCGUAGACAAGGCCAAGAAGCUGAUCUACAUGCGUCUAGAGAGUUUCCGGGCCACCUGAGAGACUCCGAGCUGGGGUAGCCUGAUGAUGCCCUCGGGGUCCCGUGGUGCCCCCAAACCUUGUAAAGUCUGGGGCAGUGCAGCGUCGCUCCUCGACUUAUUGUUGUGGUAUGAAGAUGUCGCGGUAGAGCGAGGGCAGGACUGACCUGCUCUCAUGGGGUCACACUAGAUGUGGUCACGACCCAUCUAGAAGCUUGGAAGCAUUCAGGUGUAGGCUUUAGGAAACCAUCUCUUCUACAUGAAUAUAUAGGUUUCUUGUC